AUGAAAAAUACUGUAGAUGCAUGUAUGAAUGUCAAUGUGUGUAACAAUGUUCAAAUUGUAAAGGGACAAUCUAAAGAGUCUGAGAACGCAGAAUUUGACACUUUUAUAUCAUAUUUUGAUUUUGAUCAGGAAAAUUUGUCAGAUGUACAAUGUGGUAUGUUGAAAAAUUGUUUAUUUAAGCACAGGGAUAUUUUCGUUACCAAAGAAAAUCCAUCAUUAGGUUUUACAUCUCUUGUUGAACAUACUAUUCACUUGAAACCAAAUGCUGUCUCAAAACAUCAUAAGCCUUAUAGACUGUCCCCCGAUAAGAGAGAAGUUCUAAGAACUCAAUUGACUGAAUUGCUAAACCAAGGUAUUAUCACCCCAGUAAAUGAAAAAGAGGAUAUACCAAUAUCCAGCCCUAUUGUUCUUGUUUCCAAGAGGAGACAACCCAAUUCAGGUAAAUCUACAACGCCACAGGAAGCGCACUUAUCCUCGUACAGAUUUUGUUGUGAUUUCCGUUACCUGAACUCACAGACCCAGCCUUUUAGGUACACUAUUCCCAAUCUCCAGGAACUUAUUGAAUCGCUUAAUGUUACUCACCCUAACUUCAUUACAUCAAUAGAUCUAAGUUCAGGAUUUUUUCAAAUGGGGAUAGCUAAGGAUUCUACGAAAUACACAGCAUUUAACACUUGUUUUGGUACGUACAAAUUUUUGCGCUUACCAAUGGGUUUAAGUACUUCACCAAAUAGUUUUCAAUUACUGAUGGACAAACUUUUGCGAGGCUUAACAUACAAGUCUGUGUUGUGUUAUCUAGAUGACGUUAUUGUUUGUUCUAACACGUUUGAAAAGCACUUGUCCGAUUUGUGUGAAGUAUUUCAACGUUUCAAAGAUGCUGGACUUAAACUCAACCCGACUAAGUGUACAUUCGCUCGAGAUCAAUGUGUAUUUUUAGGACAUCACAUUUCCAAAGAUGGCAUACGCCCACCCUCAGUUCGCUUAGAUGUCAUACGCUCAUACCCAACACCUACAUCGCAGAAGCAAUUGCGUAGAGCUAUGGGGCUGUUCAACUGGUUCCGCAAGUUUAUACCCCGGUUUAGUGAUAAAGCUUACCCUCUCAACCUCUUGCUUAAGAAGGGCGUACGUUUUGUGUGGACACAAGAUCACCAAAGAGCUUUUGACGAUAUCAAGGCUGCUCUCGUAAAUUCGGAUGCAUUAGCUUUUCCGGACUACGACCGGGAAUUCAGAUUAGCAGUGGACACCUCUAGCCGAGGAUUAGGGUAUAUGCUCUACCAGAUACACCAAGAUGGUACUCGCCGUGUUGUUCGUUUCGGUUCUAAAGGACUCAACAAAUACCAGCAGAGUUAUGGACCUACGAAACUUGAAUUGCUUGGUAUGGUUUACAGUGUUUUGGACUGUGCUUCAUAUCUUCGUGGACGCCACUUCGUGGUAGAAUGUGACCAUCAAGCGUUACAGCCAUUGUUCCAGAAACAACUACAUGGGGCGAUAUAUGAACGUUGGAUUGCCAUUCUUCAACAAUUUGACCUAGCGAUUGAGUACAAACCAGCGACACAAAUGCAAGUCCCAGAUGCAUUAUCUCGAUGUCAUCCUCAUUCUGACCUUGGAGUGAUGGAUUCUAGUCCAGUCGAGGAAGAUCCAUAUUUUCCAUACAUGACAGAUGUACAUACCACAGGUGUAAAGCUACCAUCAGGAAAACUUUUGAGUGAGGUUCUCAAGGAGACAAACAAGAGUGAACCUGAGGUAAACAGGAUAUCCCUCCUCACGGAAAAUCUGGCUAACCCGAAAUUUGAUUACGAUGCAGAUACAGAGGAUGUGGACGUCAUAUUAUCCAAACAUCGGAAAACUCGCCGCUUACACACAAGAGGAAAAACCCGAGUCUUUCAAACGGCUAAAUCCAUGUGUGAGGAUUAUACAGGGUUAAAGAUAAAUGUGGACACUUGUGAGCAAAUUAACACUGAUACUGACACUUGUGCAAACAUUUCUAGUGAAAAUUCUGACACUUGUGAGAAAAUUCUUUGUGAUAAAACAGACACUUGUGCAGAACCUGUGAAUGAGAUAUGUGAUGAGCUAAGCAUAUCAACUGAGUUGGAAACUCGGCAUAAUCCUCUGACCCUUACAACUGAAAUAGAUGAUAUCAGGGAACUUGAAUCUGAACCCCAUCUAUUCACCAUCCCGAAUAAUGACACUUCUACAGAACCUGUAGUACAAAACAACUUUUACCAGAUUACUACUGAAAUUUCCAGUGACGAAAAGCUUGAGGAACAGGCAGACAAACCACUAGAUGGUGGUGGUAUUUCCUUUCCGGACAACAUUCCUUGCUGUGAGAUAUUCCAGCAUACAACCUUGACACGUACAUCCGUUCGUGACAUGCAGAGGAAUGACAACUACUAUAAACUUAUCAUUGACUACCUGCAAAAUGAUAACUUACCUGAUGGACAAAAAGAGGCACGGCGCAUUAUUUUAGAAAGUGCGGACUAUGCAAUCAUAGGUGACCUACUUUUCCACUCGAGAGUUGCCAAAUCAAAACGGACAAAGGCUAUGUGUCACUAUCAGUUGGCCCUUCCACAAGAUGCGAUUCCAGUCAUCUUACAACUCUACCAUGACUCUUUAUUUAGUGGCCACUGUGGCAUACAGGAAACCCUGGAUAGGAUUAGAGAACAUUAUUUCUUCCCCAAAAUGACAGUUAUAAUAUCAGAUUAUGUGAAAUCCUGUUCGAAGUGCCAAGCACGGAAACUAGGCCGAACUGCUAAACCCAGCAUUACAGCAUUUCCAACACCUACUAAACCCUUUGAUGUAUGGGAAUUGGAUCUCUAUGGACCACUUCCAGUUACUCCGUCCGGGAAAUCCUACAUAUUUACUGCUGUAGAUCUGUUCUCCAAAUACUUGUUUACCAUGCCCAUUGCAAACUCAGAUGCACUUUCCGUUGGUGUUGCCAUUUUUCAUCUCGUUUGUACAUUUGGAGUUUGUAGCACCUUCAUAUCUGAUAGAGGAUCUGAAUUUGUUGCUAAAGCUACAAAAGAAACUUGCAAACUGUUACAGAUCCACCAGGAUUUUACUCCUAGCUACGCCCAUAAUUGUUUAGGAGCUUGUGAAAGAGGUCAUCAUGUGCUUGCUACAAAGCUUACACCGUAUAUGAAUGACCGAAGGAACAAUUGGGAAGAUCUCCUUCCUGCUAUAGUAUUUUCAAUGAAUGCAUCAGUUAACUCGACAUGUGGAUAUUCCCCAUAUGAAAUUGUAUAUGGACACCGACCAAAAUUCCCAUUGUCAGGAGUUCCACUGGACAUGCAAACUUUCCCAAAGGACAUCCAUGACUAUAUGCAAAGUCUUAAACACACUUUAUCUGCAGUGCAUGCAGAUAUGUUGACCCACAUCCAGACUUCACAGACUAAAAUGACGGACUCGGUGAAUGCUAAGAGUCAUCCCACAUCAUUUUCAGUUGGUGAUUAUGUUUAUCUUCAGUCAACACCUAUUGGAACUGGUCAGAAGCUUCAAGAGUUAUUUAAAGGGCCAUAUGUUGUCAAGGAGACUGUUACUGCACAUUUGGUUAUACUCUUCGACCCUUCUACACAGAAGACCUUAGAUAAACCGAUUCACAUAAACAGACUAAAAUAUGCAUAUGUACGUGCACCUACACCAACAAACUAUUUUCAGAUUGCACGCUCAAUCUACAAGGACCAAGCGGUUCAAACUUCUAGCAUAACCCAGGAACUCGAUGAGCCUAGUUCUACCCAAACAAUUACUGACUCUGUUCUGCCAGAGUAUCAAACAUCCAGUUCUCAGGAGUCACAUUCUGUGUCAUCAACACAGUCGGAAUCACCCGUUCAUCCGUCAGCGGAUCCCCAUCCUGCACCAACUGUGUUGCCUCGUCCACGGCGCACAAUACGGAAACCCCUCCGUUACCAGGACAACUGUGUCAAUCCCAGUGACCUUUCAUCAUCCGAUGUUUGUUCUCCAAACAUUCUCUACAAGGUUAAACGCAUUUUAGCCCAAAGAGGUACUGGUCCUAAUGUUGAAUACCUUGUUCACUUUGUGGGGGAACCCUCACAAAAGGCCACUUGGGUUAAAUUUGAGGAUUUAAAUGACACUGCGAGAAAUUUUGUCAAAUCCCACCAAUUGCAAUCUGUUGUAUGUGACAUUGUUGCAUCUGUAUAA